UUGAUUUAUUAAUUGAUAAAAUUUUUUGUUGAAUUCAAUUUUAAUUGCUGUGCAACUAUCUCAAAUGCUCAUUAAGGUCAUUAUCAUUAUGAUCAAAGGAUGGCAUCAUUAAGCAACUAAAUGACCAGCCAAAAGUUGCUUCAGAAAUUAAUUCAAUGCUAAAACAUUUCGUGCAGAUGGGCAAAGAAUGUAGUUAUUGUUUGUAAUACUUCCAUGAAAAUAGCUGUAUCAAAUGUACCCAUAGUUGUUAAUCAAAGAAACAGCUAACUGUGUGCAUCUGUGAUAACAAUAAUAGAGUGUAUGAACCAAUUACAAUGCAGCUGCCAUUAAAACCUAUAAGCAAGUCAUUAAUGCUCUGGAGUGAGCCAAGGGAGAAUGAGAGUACAGCACUAGUCCCUCAUGGCACAUCACAUAGUCGCAUUACUCAGUUGGUCCAGACUGCCCCUCCUGGCUUCCAAAUGCAGCCUCCACUGCAGCUUUCUAUGACCCAGCUUAUGUCACUGGGGUCGUGCGUUCUGGGAUGGCAGGUGUUGGUGCAGGGAAAAGAAGGCUCCUACAUUGGCUACAUCUGCUGGAUGCUACAUCAUUGUGGCCGCCUUGGUCUAGAGGAGGCCAGCAACCCAGCAACUGGUAUCAAGAGAGUUGGUUUGUUGCUGCUCCAUUACCGACACAUCGACAGCGUCACACUCCUCGCCAGGCGUGCCAAUGACCCCCGCAAAUAUAUGCCUAAUAAAUCGAACGUGAUCGAGGAGAAGCGCGGCCGCUCGCUGCUCAUGAAGAAGUUGGUUCGACCUCAUCUUAUGGACACGAGCGAUGAUAACGACGACACGGACGACGAUGAACCACGCCCUCCUCUGCCGCCCCCCGUCCUCCGUGUGCGUCGUCCACACUCGUGGACGAUCAUCGACGCGAUGGACGCUUCGUAUUUCGACGCCGUGGUGGCAAUUAUGAGCGAGGAGCGCGUUGGUGUAGCGCCGGUGGGCGAGCGCCUGGGCAGGUGGGGCGCGCUUGCCUGGCUCGUGGUUGCCACGACCCACACCGUCUACCUCUUCGACGUCGCCACCAUCGGGCUGCAAGCGCUGUUGUUCGGGACGGACAAGAAGCGUGGCAAACGAGACGAACCACGUGCUGCUGGUGUAGGUGCAGCUGCCCAUAAUGUGGCAGAAGAUGUUGCGUCUGACUCUGCUUACGCUCCCCGGGGACCUGUGAACGAAGUACAUGAUGCUGCUGGAAAUGUAAAUGGGCCAGUCAAUGGAGUACUUGAUGCUGCUGGAACUGUAAAUGGACCUGUCAAUGGAGUGCUUGAUGCUGCUAGAAAUGUAAAUGGGCCUGUCAAUGGAGUAUGUGAUGCUGCUGGAAAUGUAAAUGGGCCUGUCAAUGGAGGACUUAAUGCUGCUGGAAAUGUAAAUGGGCCUGUCAAUGGAGUAUGUGAUGCUGCUGGAAAUGUAAAUGGGCCUGUCAAUGGAGUAUGUGAUGCUGCUGGAAAUGUAAAUGGUCCUGUCAAUGGAGUACUUGAUGCUGCUGGAAAUGUAAAUGGGCCUGUCAAUGGAGUACGUGAUGCUGCUGGAAACGUAAAUGGGCCUGUCAAUGGAGUACUUGAUGCUGCUGGAAAUGUAAAUAGGCCUGUCAAUGGAGUACUUGAUGCUGCUGGAAAUAUAAAUAGGCCUGUCAAUGGAGGACUUAAUGCUGCUGGAAAUGUAACUGGGCCUGUCAAUGGGGUACGGGAUGCUGCUGGCGAUGUUCGUGGAUCUAGAGCUGAAGUAACAAGUGAAGAGCCAGGCCGUCACAUUGAAAUAAAAAACGAAAGGAGCGAUUGUUCUUCGAAUGUAAGCGACAUUUUCGUAGCCAGCCAAGAUUAUACAAAAGACGAGCCUCAGCUGCCACGUGUCUCAGGGGCAGGCAUCAGAUAUUUAGGACACGUGCUAGAGGACCCUGGCGUAGAGAUCGUGGUGCACGAUGCACGUAAUCUACAGGACCUGCUGCUGCACCAGGCACACCUCGUCCUCAAGAAUGUCUUCGACACUCAGGCCGCUGAGAUCUACCUACACGUGAUACAGGAGAAGGGCAAGUGUCCGGCGUUCGUACCGUUGCUGAGUACGCUGCUGCUGCGACGUCUGCGGCUCAGCCCUCGACAUCUACUCUACGAUCGCAUCCUGCGCCGCAAUGCCGGAGACUCGAGCGUGUUUUUCGAGCGGCCGAUGAGCGAGGAGACGCUUGAAAGCCUGGCGUCGUCCGCCAUGUUUCUGUGCGAGUUACGCGCGCUGCAGAUGCGCGAUGUUCUCGUCGACCUCGCGCAGCUCACCACCGUGCACAUGUUCGCGCACGCUGAGAAGGACGACGUAAUGCGCGUCAGAGUGGAGGAGCACGUGGUGCCGGAGUCCGUCCAACGUCUCGGCAGAGUAACCGUCCUUAAUUACACAGGCUGUGCCAAAACUCGCCUUUAGUCCCGUUCAUUCCAUGCUGUAGGAGCGAGGGUGCUGUGACAUCCAAGUUGGUCAUAGUAGCCGGCUUUGGGUCGUGGUUGUGACGAGUCAUUACUAUUACUUAAAGAAAACCAUGGUGAAGAUGCCUAUACCGUGGAGCGUAGCUGCUGCCUGAACGAUUAUGUGGUACUUUAGCUGCUAGUACUGGCGACGUCGGAAUUUGAAUUGUUUUGACUAUUUCUUUUGUAUUCUUUGCUGAGGAUAUUUGCGUAUGUUAUGUUAUUAAGUUACCAAAUUUUUUUAUUCAUUUACGUUAUUACGAGAAGGUUUAUAGUUUGAGCUGAAUUUGUAUUUGAAUUGCGACAAUUCAUCCAUUUGUUUUCAAGCCUCUAGCAAGCAAUUUUUCCGCCUUGAGGUAAUAUAGUUACCGGAUAGUUACAAUUGUUUAGCUAGCAGCUCAGCUUCAAAUAACCUAAGUCGGAUGGAGAUUACAUUUGCCUCUAAAUGCGUCAUUAUAACCUAGUUAUGUGUUAUUUUUCUAGUGAAUUUUUUCCAAAGGAGAAUUAAUGAUGUAAAGCGUUUAUUUGUGAAAAGGAAUUUAAUUUUCUUCA